AUCGUGAGAUACAAUCUGGAUGCUGAUCUAGAGUUGUGUACCCUGUGAACAAUAUUAAUGUUUAGAUAGAUUGUUACCUGAAGUACCAAUGGCUCCAAGUGCGCCCAGAGAAUGGCUUUCUAUGAAACCACCACAUUUUGAAUUGUCGGAUUGACGUCGUUGUUGGAAUUCCGACCACUUGACUGACUCAUCCUCACAAUUACACCUCACCACGCCUGCAGUCCAUCCAAACUGCCAAGGAUAGAUCAGAAAAAUCUCAGGCAUCAUCUGAAAGAACGCAAACAAGAACAGGGGAACAUUUGUUCAGAGCUGGAACAAUACAUCCGCAAUCAAUACCACGAGAAUAUCUAGGAAUCAUAAAAAACUCUCUCAAGCAUGCCCGCAGCGGUAGUGGGCCAGACGCCCUCCCUGCACACAUUCCUCAAAUCGCUCAAACAGACUCCCGUGGACAAUGCUAUUGAGCUAUUGGUUUCCCUGCUGAAACGUCGACAAAUCCGGACUCCACGCGCAUGUGCUCUGGCCACAGCACAGUUGCUACUGCGUGUCGUCUCUUCAGAACGUAUCCGGACCCCGCAAGCCUUGAUCCAACGGAUCCGAGAUGUAGGUCGAAGACUCGUGACAGCUCAGCCGCGGGAGUUGAGCGUCGGAAACAUCGUGCGGCGCGUGCUCGGCGUUAUCCGGGAGAUUGCAGAGGACGAACAGGAUCCUUCUGCGUUGGAGGCAUUGGCACGGCCAGGCCUGCCGGGAGCUCUAUCCGGCUUGGAAGGCGCAAGUGACAGUAUCGCCGACCUGCGCGCAGCAGACGCUCCAGCUGCAGAUGGGGAAUCGGCUCAUUCUCAAAAGUCAUCGUCACAUGGAAAUCAGCUACCGCCGACAACAUCGCUAUUCGGCCUGUUCCAACAUCCAGACGGAUCAUCCGGCCUCGGUUCGCCACCGCCAGGCGCCAGCUCAGCCCCAAGCGUCUCCAACAAAUCUGCCAAACCCGGAAAAGAGCCCAAAGAGAAAUUGGACGUCAAAGCCGAAGUGAUCGAAGGCAUCAAAGAACUCCUCGACGAACUCGACCAAGUCGACACCCAAAUCGCCGACUUCGCCCUCGACCACAUCAACAGCAACGAGACCAUCCUCACCCACACCUCCUCAGCAACCGUCCAGAAAUUCCUCCUGACCGCCGCCAAGAAGCGCAAAUUCACCGUCAUCCACGCCGAAGCCUACCCGAACGACCACGAAGCCACCCACGCGACGAUCCUCCACGGCGGCCACUCCGACCCAUCCUCGGGAGGCGCGGACCUCGACGACUUCGACCCCGACGACUCCGCUGCGACGCGCUGGAAACCUCUCACCUCCAUGGGCAUCCAAGUCAUCCUGGUCCCGGACUCGGCCGUUUUCGCCCUCAUGUCACGCAUCAACAAAGUCCUCCUGGCGCCCAACGCGAUCCUCGCCGACGGGUCCCUCCUCGCGGCCUCGGGCUCGCACACCAUCGCACAGGCGGCGCAGGUGCACCACGUGCCCGUCGUCGUGCUCGGCGGGGUGUACAAGCUCAGCCCCGUGUACCCCUUCUCGACGGACGAGAUGAUCGAGUACGGCGACCCAGGCAAAGUGAUCGGAUACGGCAGCGAUGGGGAGUUCCUGGACCGCGUGGAUGUGGUGAACCCCGUGUACGACUGGACGCCGGCGGACUUGGUGGAUCUGUAUAUCACGAAUCUGGGCAGUCAUGCGCCGAGUUAUCUGUAUCGCAUCGUGGACGAUCAUUAUUACGCCGAGGAUACGGACCUUUUGACUAAGGUGUGAGGAAGGGAGGGAGGAAGGAGGGAAGGAAGGAAAGAAAGGGACGAAAGUCGAGAGUGUCAUGAUUGAGGAGUUGGGUAAGUGAGAAAGACUUUCCAAACGACGAUGCUCAUAGGAUCGCAACGAGACGACCAGAACGGAAGUAAAUAUUCCAUGAAAUCAUGUCAUCUCUCCCUCUUCUCCUUGAAAGUUCGGAGUCCUCGCAGUAGCUGCUUCGCCCACGGCUGAACUUUCUGGGUUUAGACCAGAAAUACGAAUUGCAACCAUUGGUAAAUUGAAUAUCUUUCUCUUGAUUCACUCUAUCUAGUGAUCUUCUUCUAUUCUAUCAUGACGCAAAAGAAAAGCGAGAUAAAAACAACAAAAGCAAUGCAACGUCGCCCCGGUCCACGUCCCGACCAAGCGAGUUUAUCAGAUAUCUUCACAGCCAUCACCCUCUCCUGAACCU